AAUUAUAUCCAAGACUUGGAAAAGACAUAUGAUAAACUUAUACAAAAAUUAAAAGAGAAGGAUAACCUCAUACAACAAUUAAAAGAGGAGAACAAAGAACAUUUACAAGCAUUAGAUGAACAUGAUCAUAUUGUUGCAAAGUUUACAGAUUUAUUGGGUCAAGAAAAGAAAGAGUUUCACUUCCGUGAACGCAGAGCAAGAGUAAACAAAUUUGAAAAAAUUUGUAAUGUUAAGGCAGGCUUGGAAUACGUAUGGGCACUGAUUAUUCGAUUUGAUCUUUCCAAGAGUUUCGAGCUUGUUGAUGCUGUGUUUCUGUCAUUGUUUGAAGAAUGCCCAGAAGAACUACAAAAAACAUGCGAGAAAAAUAAAUUGAACGUAGAAUCUGUGAAAGCAUGUGUCGCAGGUCUUUAUGACAAGUCAUGUAAAAGACGGCAUGUUGGUGAAUAUUAUGUCGCAAUUUGGGCAAAAUACUGGAAUCCAAAUGAG